UAGCAUUACUAUUAUACUUUUUAAAACUUAAACGCUCAAUCAACCGAUUAGUAAACGCCUAAUAUAAUUAUAUAGUACCGUAUAUGCCGUAAUAUAAUUUAAAUUGUUUUUAUAGACUAUUUUUAAGUGUUUGAAAAGAUGGGUUUCGAUAUCGAAAGGUUCACCUCAGAAGUGGACGAGAAUCUGAUUUGUGAGAUAUGCCACAAAGUCUACGAGAAUCCAAAGUCUUUGAGUUCAUGCGAACACACCUUCUGUUUCGGAUGUAUUGAAAAGAUAGUCAUUAAUGAGAACUUGUGUCCAUUGGAU